AUGGCGGUUCGAGUGCCAAACCAUGCACUCGUUCUUGCAUUGGUGGUUGUGCUUGCCACGGCGCACGACGUAGCAAGUGCAACCGAGAGCUCCAGCCGCACUCGAUCUGCUGAAGGGACGAGCGGCGGCAAUGCGCCAUCGACGACGGUGUCGUUGGUAGGGUGCGGGUGCGCGCCGUCGCGGUCGUCGACGGGGUCGCUGAAAGGCUGUCCAUGCUCGCCGCCGCCUCCGCCGGCGUGCCCGCCUCCUCCGCCACCACCUCCUCCCCCUCCUCCGCCUGCGUGCCCACCACCUCCCCCACCGCCUCCACCAGCGUGCCCACCGCCGCCUCCGCCGGCGUGUCCGCCGCCAUCGCCGGCACCGGAACCGUGGGACUUCGAGAACGAGAAGCUGAGGGCGCUGUACCCGGUGAUCCACGCGUUCAAGGAUACGAUCACGUCCGACCCGCUGGGCGUGACGGCGACGUGGGUGGGCAAGGACAUCUGCGCCAGCCACAGGAACGGCACCGCCUACAAGGGCUUCUACUGCGACUUCCCUCCCGACGCCAACACCACGCUCACCGUCGCCUCCAUCGACUUCAACGGCUUCCACCUCUGCGCGCCCACGCUGGCGGGCUUCAUCGACGCGUUCCCGGACCUGGCCCUCUUCCACGCCAACUCCAACAACUUCUCCGGCGACCUCCCGGACCUCACCCACCUCCGCUACUUCUACGAGCUCGACCUCUCCAACAACGCCUUCUCCGGCGCCUUCCCGGCCUCCGUGCCGCCCCUCGGCGGCCUCCUCUUCCUCGACCUCCGCUUCAACGGCUUCGCGGGCGAGGUGCCGCCCCCGGUCUUCGGCAUCUCCGUCGAGGCGCUCUUCCUCAACAACAACGGCUUCUCCGGCCGCAUCCCGGACACCUUCGGCAGCACCACGGCGCAGUACCUCGUGGUGGCCAACAACCGGUUCACCGGCCCGAUCCCUAAGUCCAUCUUCAACGUCUCCGGCACGCUCUCCGAGGUGCUCUUCCUCAACAACGACCUCUCCGGGUGCCUGCCGUACGAGAUCGGGCUGGUGGAGGGGCUCACGGUGUUCGACGCCGGGGGCAACCGGAUCAGGGGCCCCAUCCCGCUCUCCUUCGGCUGCCUCGCUGACGUCGACGCGCUCAACCUCGCCUCCAACCAGCUCUACGGCCACGUCCCCGACGUGCUCUGCUUGCUCUACAAGACCGGCAAGCUCACCAACCUCUCGCUGUCGGACAACUACUUCCACUCCGUCGGCUAUCACUGUUUGGAGCUGGUGAGGGCUCGGGUGCUCGACGUGCGCCGGAACUGUAUCCCCGGGUUCCCCGGGCAGCGGCCGCCAUUCGAGUGUGCCCUGUUUUACGCCGACCCGAGAAACCACUGCCCCUUCAUCCCGCACAUCCCGUGCGACCUGCCGGGGUUCAAGCCGCCGGCCAUUGCGACGUUGCCGGCGGGGAAGGGCGUGGUGCAUGGCUAUGGAGAAGGGAGUGGCGGUGGGAACUGACGUAAGUGGCAUGGUUAGGUGAAGUGCACAUGAAAAGAACAAAAGCGAAGGAUCCAUAUAGUUUGAUCUUUGAUUAUUUUUUAAAGUGUUUUUAUGUCGUUCUGAUCAGAUGAUUGUGUUGC